AUGGCGUCCAGAUUCUAUUCCCUCGCUGAUAUCCUUGCGAGUGCCAGUGUCCAUCCGUUCUACUCCGCUGCAGAGUACCCUUCGACACCGGAGGCUUUUGCUGAAACCCUUGCGGCGGCCAAACAACAAAAUGCGCUGGACUUGAAGAGCUUUCCUCUUAUGCGCAAGGAGCGUCUGUAUCAGACCAUCCAGCGGCUCUCGAGCGACACCAGCCCUCGCAAUGGAUAUCGCCUGCAAGGAUACAUCAGCGUCACUGGCGGAGGCUCUGGCGGAGUUCCCAUGAUGUUUGUCACCGAUUCCGCUGAGAACCGGCGGCAUCGAAACGCAAUCGGCGCGUUGGUCAAGGAUUGUGGUUUGAUUGAGCCAGGAGACUUAACUCUCUCAAUGCAUAUCUCAGGCUCAUUCUAUCGGGCUCUUGACCUGGUCACCGAGAUCGUGGAGCAGGCGGGCGGAGGCGUUUUCUGCGCGGGCCACUACAUGUCCCACGACGACGUUGUCCGGGCGGUUGUAAGCCAUCGAAUCAAUGUCGUAGCCGGAGACGGGAGCCAGAUGGUCCAGAUCGCAGCCUAUAUCGCCUCCCUCCCGGCAGCGGAGCGAGAGGCCAUCAAGAUCACCAAGAUCCUCUACACCUCCGAACCAUUGAUCCGCACGCAGAGAGCCUUCAUCCGAUCCAUCCUGGGCCCUGUGACGAUCUGCUCGAUAAUGGGCAGCUCUGAGGCCGGAGCAUGGGCAGUGGCGAACUUGGACCUGACGGGCGACACGGAGGACGACCAUACCGAGUUCAUCUACGACACGCGUGCGAUGCUGCUGGAGGUGCUGCCGCCGUCUGUGGAAGACACCGAGACGCCCGCCGAUGAGACUGUGGGCGAAGUUCCCGAAGGCCAGCCGGGCAUCAUCGUGCAGACUUCCCUCCAGCGGCUGCGUCACCCGCUGGUGCGGUACGUAUCUGGUGAUCUCGGCUCCGUCCAUCCACUGCCGCCCGCUGCCCUGGCGAAGAUCCCGGCAGAGGAAGCGCAGCACAUGAAGCUUCUGCGGUUGUACGGGCGUGACCGACGCUUCAGCUUCAAGUGGUUUGCGGAGUACUUCAGCUUCAGCAAGAUCGAGGCGUUGAUGCGCACGGAAGAGUACGGCAUCUUGCAAUGGCAGAUUGUCCACAGCUACACCCCGGGCACCCCCGAGAUCGCGAUGGAAGUUCGCCUCUUCCGCCCUGAUUCCGGCGCCGUCACACUGCUGUCGCGAGACGCCGUGGUCGAGAGGAUCCAACGAUUCUUCGGCUUCCUCCCCAUCAAUGCACACCUCCUCACCAUCACGUUUGUGCAGAGCGACAAGGAUUUUGAGCGUAGCAAGACCGGGAACAAGGUGAUCAAGUUUGUUGACCGGACCAAGGCAAAGCCAGCCGAAUGA